CAUUACAUGAGAACCAUACUAAGUAUAUAGGUAAAAUUACUGUUAAUCAUUAAAUCUGACAUUGGUAUAGAAUAUCCUAGACAUGAGAAAUGCCACUAAACACAGCUAAGACAGCUAUCCACAGUUGGGAGAGAAUAUGUUGUCAAGGACAAGACGUUCGUCUGAAGUUUAAGUGAGAACCUGUCGGGGAGGCUGUCAGGAUGCUAAACAACAUUAAAGGAGCUUGAGGCAUUGGCUGAAAAUAUCUGGUUGCUCCUCUAACAAAUGAUGCCUGUCUUCAUCUGUUUGGGCUGUGGGUUCAGAUAGAAAGAUGGAAAGUACUUUGUGGAUUUAAAAGUACAACUGAGUCUGGCUGAAAUUUGCCAAAACAUACCCAGUACCCCAGAGCUAUGGUGCUCUGAUUAGAGACAAAGUUGUAGAUGAGAUGAUUGGUGGAUUUGCAAAAGAGUACCGUACCAAAUUGUUGUGACCGCAGUGUUGUUUUGGGGCUGUAAUAAUCACACAUAAAAUACACUUAGCUAUUCUUCAGUUGGAACUGGGGUUUGGUGAACCUGGGGAGAAUAAUGAAUUGCACCAAACGUCAACACUUGGUGCAGUUAUAUGUGUGUUUUUUUUUUGUUUGUUUUUUGUUUUUGAGUUGUUACAUUCUUGUCUGUGUAAGGCUGCAUCCUGCAGGGGAUGGUUGCUGCCAUGAAGGAGUGUCGUUUCUGUGGGGUGACAUUCAUUGAGAGACUGAAGAGAAAAAAAAAACAGCUCUGUAAACAAUUCUUCAAGAUGGUAGUGAUGCAACAACAGUCACAGCUGCUUUCAUAAGAGCUUCAACAGCUUAUCCUGAUAGGGUUCAUCUCAAAUAGUAGGGGCAGGCACUGGUGUAAGACUUUGCUGUGUUCCUGGACAUAUUGGGGAAAAGGAAACUGCAGAUUCAGCAGCAGAGUCAACAUUUUCCCCCCCAUACACACACACAAUCUCCCAGAGGACACGCAGUUACAGAAGAUGAGAAUUACUUGGGAACUAGAAGGAUUAUGGAUUAAAUCAGCAGUUGUAAAUUGCUUGACAACAUCCACUGUUAUGUCAGUGUGGAUGACCUGAAACUGAAUUUUUUUUCCCCUGAAAUGUAUCAAGUAUAACACAGAAAAAAAACAUCUACAGAUCUACAUGGUUUAUCUUUUAUUUAACUUCUUGGCCACAUUGAGAAUCAAUCCAUAAGAAUAUUUGAAGCACAGUCGUAGUAUCUAAUUUUGUCCUGCGGGGGGCAGUAUUACACCCAGCAGGUGCAAAAUUACCAAUAACCCCACAUGAAGUAGAAGGACAGCGUCACGGUCACGCCCCUUCAGAAGAGCAUCCACGAGAGGGCGCUGCACCUCCAGCUCAGUCAGUUUAAACUCAGCACACUCAAGAAAGAAGAAUGGCGGCUGCAAGUGUGUUCAGACCUGGCUUGUUCAAUAAUAAAGUUGCAAUAGUGACGGGUGGAGGGACCGGGAUCGGUAAAGCUAUUUCUGCAGAGUUGCUAGAGCUGGGCUGUAACGUGGUGAUCUCCAGUAGGAAAGCUGAAAAGCUGCAAGCGGCUGCUGAGGAGAUGAAACAAAAAAUCCCUCCUGCCAGUCCUGCAAGUGUCACCCCUCUGCCAUGUAACAUCCGCAAUGAGGCUGAGGUGAAAGCCCUAGUGUCAUCGGUGCUGAAGCAGUACGGUCGGAUAGACUACCUGGUGAACAACGGUGGGGGUCAGUUCACCAGCCCUGUAGAGAACAUGUCCUCCAAUGGCUGGAAGGCUGUGGUGGACACCAACCUGAAUGGAACCUUCCACUGCUGCAAGGAGGUCUACUCCGCAUGGAUGAAGCAGCAUGGAGGUGUGAUCAUCAACAUCAUCGCUGACAUGUGGAAAGGCUUCCCAGGCAUGGCUCACACAGGAGCAGCGAGGGCAGCAGUGGACAACUUGACAAAGAGUCUCGCCAUUGAGUGGGCAGCGUCAGGAGUGCGAGUCAAUGCUGUUGCACCUGGUACUAUCUUUUCCAAAACUGCGAUGGCAAACUAUAAGGAACUUGGACCACAGCUUUUCGCGCGGUCCGUUCCACUUAUUCCGGCAAAGCGACUAGGACUCCCAGAAGAGAUCUCUUCAGCAGUGUGCUUCCUUCUCUCCCCUGCUGCCUCCUACAUCUCUGGAGCCACACUGAGGGUCGACGCAGGGCAAAGUUUGUACCACUCCAUGUGGGAAAUACCUGACCACAGUGCAUGGCCAGAGGCUCCAGAUGGAGAGAACAUGGAUGCCCUGAAGGAACUGUUCAACCCACAAAGCAAACUGUAACUCAUUCCUCAGAGAUAAAAAAAAAAACAAAAAAAAAAAAACGUAAAAGCAGUUCACCAGAAUGUUCACCAGCAGUGAGCUGCACAGACACAGCAAGCUCUCUCACAGAAACAAAACACCUUGGUGGCCUGGAUGUAAGUGUGUAUAUAGGAGGGUGUGAUUUAUUAAUCAAACUAGUGUACAUAAUUUUAUGUAAUUAAUAUCAAUAUUGGUGUGCUGUAUCCUGGAUAAUGAUUUGUAACAGUUGAAAUAAACACAAUUAUCCUGC